GAUCAUCAUUCAGUUACUGAGUGCCGUCGGAAGAGGUUGUCUCGACGUAUCGCCGGUGUUCUACCGUUCAGUUUGAGUUGAAUGCUGGGUGAUGAUAUUAGUGUGUUUGUGAAUUAUUUAUUUUAAUUGUAUGGUAUGCACGCCAUGAGUGAUCCUGCGUCGCUAGCCGGAAUGUUGCCUUUCGAUUCUAUUGGGCUGUAUGAGCAGCCCAAGCCACGGUUCAUAUUCAAGAUGCCUCGCGUCGUUCCUGAUCAAAAGUCGCGAUUCGAAUCUGAAGAUCUCUUCAAAAGACUGAGCAGAGAGAGUGAGGUAAGAUACACGGGGUACCGCGACCGUCCUCCGGAGGAGAGACAGAUGCGGUUCACCAGCGGGUGUCGCGAGGGUCACACGGAGAUAGCCUUCACUGCGACGGGCACCAACCUGCAGCUGGUGUUCGACCACUCGCCCUACAACAACCGCGGCUGCGACUUCCAGAAGGAGAACGGAAAAGCGCACAUUGUAUCCCGGUUUAUAAUGAAUGGGGUCUGCGUGAGGUGGCGUGGGUGGAUCGACCUGGAGCGUCUGGAUGGCGCUGGCUGUCUGGAAUUAGAUGAAGAGAGAGCUGCGAUAGAAGACGCCGCCCUGCGAGACCAGAUCGAACGUUACAACCAACGCCUGCGGGAGUUCGAAGAUAAGCAGCGCGCGUACCGGGAGCAUGGAGAGGAAAUGAGGGCUCAUUCCCAAGUUCACGCCCAGCGAUGCCACCCGGGACGCCAGCCACCUCUCACCUCCCACCCUGCGCACCCUCAUCCAGCACAUCCGGGACACAUCAAGCCUCACUCUCAAGGAUUGAUCUCUUAGAUAUUCUUCCAUUGCAAUAAAUUACUGUAAGUUUUACGGCCAUUCCCAAUAUUCUAUCUACAGAUAGUGAUAUAGUACCUACUGCCUUCUACUAUCAGUAAUUAGCUGUCAAUAAUCUGAAGCUGUCCAUGGAAACUUCUAUCGCUGGUAAGCUAUACGUCCUCCCAUUGACAGACAGCGUGUACAGAUAAGGUGAGUUACGUAACUUUAAUGGGAGAGAAAAGCCAACUAUAGUUCAAGUAGGCCACAUAGGAGAUAGACUGAAUAUUGGAAACGGCCGUUAAUAAGUUUCUAAUACUACCUGUAUGUAGUGAACAUGUCGUGUUUAAAAAAUGUACCUUUACAACAUUAGACCGUUUAAGUACACCUUUGAGUCAUAUUAACGCCAAAAACCGAUAUAAGGCUUGUAUAAACAACUUCCACGUUAAUAGUAAUAGGAAUUAUGGACUAAAGAUUUGUUUUUCAUAAACAUCUUAAUGAACAUUUUACGUUAGACAGGAAUUAGAUGCCUGAUGUUAGUUUUAAUGAUAUCUAUAUUAAGCCCAAUAUAGUAUUUCGUACCUAAGUUAGUGGUGUCUGUUCAAUUUACAUAGAUACAUUUUUAAAUGAUGAUUUUGGUAUUGUUUCGUGAUACAAAGUGCAUAUUAUUGUUUUGUGUUAUUUAAUUUUAAGAUUAUUUUUUAUAUUGAAUGUAUAAUUGUGAUACUUAUAUGAAUAAUAAAACAUUUUUUCUUUAAA